AUGACACGCUCAAGCUCAGCGCAGCGCGCCAACGUGCUGGACCUCAUCAAGGUCGGCUUGCCCCCGCACCCGCAAUGCUGCCCGCUGCUUGAGGGGCUGGUGGACCUCGACGCGGCAUUGUGCCUCUGCACUGCCAUCAAGGCCAACGUCCUCAACAUCGCCAACCUAAGCGUGCCCGUUAGCCUGGAGCUCAUCCUCAACAACUGCGGCAAGACUUGCCCCAAGGACUUCACUUGCCCCUAA